AUGCCUUUCCUCCGUACUGAGAAGCCCAAGGAGCAAUACCCCCGAACCAUCACACUCAGGGGUAGUCAUGCACCAGGGUCGGAGUGGCAAGACCGCAUGAGGCUCUUCGAGUCCUUCCAGCGCCUCUACCAAGCCCACAGCAAGACAUCCAACGGGCUCAACGCAACAAUGUUUGCCGUCAUCAUGAUUGCGCCUCUCUCGCAGAUGCGGCGGAUGCUGGAAGACAUUCGUUACUAUAACCCUAACCGGGAUGGUCCCAACAACCCCGCGAAGCUGCUGCUCUACGCCAUGUAUACAGCACCAGAAGCUGUUCGAUCCUGCAUUCCAAACCGCAGACAAGCCAUGUCCACAACAAGCACCCGCAACCAGCCGUCCCAGCCAUCGAUGACACCAGUCUCACCCUCUACCUACCUUCGCGGCAACACUCCCUCCACCCUGGAAAAGAGGCGUGAACAAGUGGUGUGCCUUUUCACCGUCUCUCGCGAUGCAGAAAAGGCAGACAUCUUCCCGCUCUGCACCACCAUCGGCGAUGCUUUCCAGCCUCUCGACGCGCUGCUUCAAUGCUUCUGGGGCGAAAGAAUUAGAGAUCGCUGGGUCUCUCGAGUUACCGAUCCGGGCGUUAUCAACUCUCCCCGAAACUUCCUCUCAAUGAACCGCCAGCUGCACUUCUGGUGGGAUAACGCGGCAUUUGCCUUGAAGCCACUCAGCGAGUCGGAAACGUCGAUUGUUGUGCAGUGGCAUUGGCUCCAGGAGAGCUGCCUCAGCCCAAGAAUGAUGAUCCCCCCAAACGCCGAGUACACAAAGUACGUCAGUCGCCAAGUCGGUGACAGCUGGGGGAGCUUGAAGCACGCGUUCGGCAAGACCCUACAGACGGGUCAGGUCUUUACAAUCCGCGUCGAUGACCCCGGUCAGCUGCCCUGCUUUGAGCUGUUGGAGCUUCAGUGGGAUCUUUUGCGUGUGGCUGCUAUAUCCGGGGCUGGCAAUUUUCAAGCCUAUGACCCAUUCUAUGAUGCUGAGGAGCUGGACAACUUUGUAUAG